ACUUGCCAGGCAGGCGCUUAUGCCGCUGAGCUAUAUCCCCGGCUGACCCUAUCUUUCAUGGCCUUUUAUAACAGUCAUUAAUAGCUGAGUUUGCCUCCAGCAGCAACCACUGAUCGCAUCCCAACAACCAGAUUUAGAUAAAGAAAAAAAAAACUAGAAUUCUAAGAGAUUACCUCACCAUGCCACAACAAACAGGUGUUUUUCAGAGCCUGGCCUGGGCCAGGUAUGUUGGGAGAAGGGCACAGUCUCCAACUGCGCACUGCUCUGGAGACCGCGGAAAGCUGGGUCAGCGUGGGAGCUUGGGAAAGGCAUCCCACAGCAGAUUCUGUGGCCUGCGUGCUGUGCACUGAGGAACAGGGGUCUGUGAUGGCCACCCCAACGCCUGACUCUGUGUCCAGUGGAGAGGAUGAGCCCAGGAACUGUGUGGUGUGUGGGGACCGAGCCACAGGCUAUCAUUUCCAUGCCCUGACCUGUGAGGGCUGCAAGGGCUUCUUCAGACGAGCAGUCAGAAGAAGCAUGGGUCGCACCUGCCCCUUUGCUGGAAGCUGUGAAGUCAGCAAGGCCCAGAGGCGGCACUGCCCUGCCUGCAGGUUGCAGAAGUGUCUAGAUGCUGGCAUGAGGAAAGACAUGAUACUGUCAGAAGAAGCCCUGGCAUUGCGGCGAGCCAAGCAGGCCCAGCGGCGGGCCCAGCAAACAGCUCUGCAGCUGAGUAAGGAGCAGAAAGAGACGGUCCAGACCCUCCUGGAGGCCCACACUCGCCAUGUGGGGACCAUGUUUGACCAGUUUGUUCAGUUCAGGCCUCCAGCUCACCUGUUCAUCCAACACCAGCGCUCACUCGCCGUGACCCCUGUGCUGCCUAUGCUCACACACUUCGCAGAUGUCAAUACUUUCAUGAUGCAGCAAAUUAUUAAGUUCACCAAGGAACUGCCCCUCUUCCGGUCCCUGCCCAUGGAAGACCAAAUCUCCCUUCUCAAGGGAGCAGCGGUAGAAAUGGUUCAGAUUGCACUCAACACUACUUUCUGUCUCCAAACACAAAACUUCUUCUGUGGGCCUCUUUGCUACACUAUAGAAGACGGAGUUCAUGUGGGAUUCGAAAGAGACUAUUUGGAGUUCCUCUUUCACUUCCAUGGGACACUGAGACGACUAAAGCUCCAGGAGCCCGAGUACGUGCUCAUGGCUGCCAUGGCUCUCUUCUCUCCUGACCGGCCUGGAGUUACCCAGAGGGAAGAGAUUGAUCAGUUACAACAGUGGAUGGCACAGACUCUGGACAGCUAUAUCAAGGGCCAGCAGCAGAGGCCUCGAAAUCGGUUUCGGUAUGCAAAGCUGCUGGGUCUAUUGGCAGAGCUCCGGAGCGUUAACAGCAAAUUCUGGCACCAAAUCCAGCUCAUCCAGGGACUGCCCGCCAUGAUGCCCUUGAUCCAGGAGAUCUGCAGCUGAGGCUGGGUUCACCUCCUUCCCCAGCACUCCCAAGCUAUGCUGGACCAGAAAGGGGAAACUGUUGGGACAACAUGUUGGGACCAGGAGGAAGGGAGCUCAGUGAUUACAAGGAAAGACAAAGGCAGUGACUGCCUCUUCAUGCGGUUGUGGGGGUCACCAAGGGGACAAACUUGUUCUCUGGGAAGCACAGAAUAUGGAGAAGGAGGAACCCUCAGGGAAAAGAGGUUAAACUCCUUCCAGGAAUGGGGGACCCCCACUUUCUGAGGCCAAAGUUUAGCCUCUCAACCCCACUUUCUCAGCCUUGCAAGGUUGUGGGAUGGGAA